AUGGCACUUGAUGAUCAAGGAGUUGGGUAUUCUUCAAGUUGUUCUCGUUCAAAUAGGAAACACAAGUAUGACGUGUUUUUAAGUUUUCAAGGAGAAGCCACUCGUAAGAGUUUUACAGACCACUUAUAUGCUGCUUUGUGUCACAAUGGACUGAUAACUUUUAGAGAUGAGGAAGAGCUUGGAAGGGGAGAAGUUAUCAAACCAUGUUUGCUUCAAGCAAUAGAAGAAUCUUUGUCUGCAAUUGUUGUUCUAUCUAAAAACUAUGCUACUUCCACAUGGUGUUUAGAUGAGCUCCAAAAGAUCCUUGAUUGUAAGAAAGAGUUAGGCCUUCAUAUAUUUCCAAUCUUUUAUGGCAUGGAUCCAUCUGACGUUCAGCAUCAAAAAGGAAGUUUUACAAAAGCCUUUGAAGAGCUUGAACAGAAAUUUGCACAUGACAAAGUGAAGGUGCAAAGAUGGAGGGAUGCUUUGAGAGAAGUUGCUGACUUGGCUGGCUGGAGCUCUGAAAAUUGGUAUGAAACGAAACUCAUUGAGAUAGUUACUGAAAAGGUAAGGUCAAGAAUACAUGGUCAACCACCAUUCGAUUCAAAUGAUGAAGGUGUUGAUGAUGGACUUGUUGGAAUUGAUGAGAAAAUCGCAGAUUUUGAUUCAGUUCUGGCAAUACAUCAGAGGAAGUUCAAUUUAUCGGAAUAUGGGGAAUGGGAGGUUUGUCAGUAUGAAAUGAAUUUCUUAAGUCACGAUGAAUCCCUUCAACUUUUUAUUCAAAUAGCUUUCAAAGGAGAUCAGCCAAAUGAAGAUUAUUUAGAGCUUUCUAGAAGGGCGAUUAAUUCUGCUCAAAACCUUCCUUUGGCAAUCAAAGUGCUUGGUUCAUUUCUUUGUGGAAGAAGCAUACCAGAAUGGGAGAAUGCACUUAAGAAGAUUCCUUUAGACCGCCUUUUUGAUAUAUUUAAAGUGAGCUUUGAUGGACUGCGAUAUAAUGAGAAGAAUAUAUUCUUAGAUAUUGCUUGCUUUUUCAAUGGCUUGAGCAAGGUUGAUGUCAUACAAAUUUUAGAAAAUAGUGGUCUUCACCCAAUAAUCGGAAUAAGAAUUCUCAUUGAGAAAUCAUUGGUAAUUGAAGCUGAAGGGUGCUUGAGGGUGCAUGAUAGGCUUCAAGAAAUGGGCAAGGAAAUUGUUUUUCAUGAAUCACCCAAUGAUGCUGGCAACCGUAGUAGGAUAUGGUCCUUGGAGGAUGCUAGUCUUGUGCUUAGAAAUAUGAGGGGAACUGAAGCAAUCCGUGUCAUAGAUUGGAAGGAGUAUCCUUUAGAUUCCCUUCCAGGUCAAACUCAAUUUGAUGAACUUGUUGAUCUUAAAAUGCAAGACAGCAAAUUAAAAGAACUUUUGAGAGGAACUGAUCAGUUUCUACAAUGUUUGAAAUUCAUUGAUUUGAGUCAUUCAACAAGCCUGAUCAGAACACCAAAUUUUGAUAAAACUCCUAAUCUUCGAAGACUAAUUCUUAAAGGGUGUACCAAGCUUAUUGAAGUUCACCAAUCUCUCGGGCGCCACAAGAAUCUUGUCAUUGUUGAUUUUAAAGGCAUGGAACAUUUAUCUGAGCUUGAUUUAGAGGGGACUGCUAUAUCUAAACUACCUCAAUCAUUGGUCAAUUUGAUUGGUCUUGCUCUAUUAAAUCUAGAGGAUUGCAAAAAUCUGGUUUGCUUUCCCAGAGAUUUUCAGAAGUUGGAAGCUCUAAAGAAGAUCAACAUAUCUGGUUGCGCAAAGUUUUCAAGGCUUCCAGAGAAUUUGAAUGAAAAUAAGGUAUUGGAAGUGCUUGAUAUGGGUGGUACUGCCAUAAAAGAAGUGCCUUCAUCCCUCAAUAAUUUAAAAGUAUUAUAUCUUAGCAGAUGCAAUGGUUAUGCACAAUCAUCAUCAUCAUCAUGGAAUCACUAUUGCUUCCUUCUCAAGCAGGCAUUUAGGCUUCAAAGGCCUUCAACUUCAACAAAGUUUUUGUGGUCUCCAUCUUUUUCAAGUCUAUCAUCUUUGGUCGAGUUAGAUUUAAGUUCUUGUAAUCUUGAUGAUGAAUCACUAUCCAGUGAAAUCAGCAAUUUAUCAUCAUUGAGAAUAUUAGACUCGAUGCCAGUAUGUCAAGACUCAGAUGAUGAUGAUGAUGAUGGAUGGACACUUUACAGAUUAAAUGACUUAUCUGGUGCAAUUUUGACUUGGAACAAUUCACAAGAUGACUUCUUCAUCCAACCUACUCGCAUAUUAAUUAUUUCUGGUAGCGAAGUGCCAUCAUGGUUUCACAAUCGAAGUUAUUUUUGUGCGGAAGAUUUCUCAGUUCUCUCUUUUGGGCCAAGAAAUGUGUCAUUCAUUGCAAACAGGCGUGAUUCAUGCGGCUCAAGUAGUGAAUGGUGGGGCAUAGCAGUUUCAGGAAAUGAAUAUCCAGAUUCGUACCGUUUCUGUGGCACUUUUAAUCAAUCCAUAAGUCGCCAUCAACUAUUUAUCAUCUACAUUCGUUUUUCCUGCUCAUUUGUUAUGGAACAACCACUUCAAAUGGCGUUUUCUAUACAUGAGAAGUCAGUUUUUCAAAUAGGGCAGUAUGGGUGGCGUGUAGUGUGUAAAGAAGAUGUUGAGAGUUGGCGAAACAAUAUUGAUGAAGGCUGUAGUUUCAGCACUGAUGAUAAGUUCAUUGAUGAUACUAGAUGA